AGGGAACCUCGGGCGCGGAGGAAAGAGCGCUGAGAGCCCAAGCGACUCAACGGCAGAUAGAUAGCUGAUAGACAACAUAGUGCGAUAUAAUCUCUAAGUACAGUUUAAAACAACAACAAAGAAUUGAACUGAAAAUAAUAAUAAUAACAGAAGCAAAGCGUCUGAGAAACAGAACAAGACCCAAUCUGGUGUGAAAAGGGUCCAUGUUAAAAUUCAAAAUUUGACGCUUUUUUGUGUUAUGAUUAGAAGGACACCCUGAAUCAUCCGUUUUGAGGGGAAAAAGUGGAUUUUCUUGCCUUUUUGGACAAAACAAAAAGGAAGGAAAGCAAGCAAGACACAGUGAGGAGGGUCAGCCAGAGAGAGGAAGAAGAGGCAACACAGCAUCUUCAUCAUUCUCGUCCCAGAGGGGCUACCUGCUGAUCUGUCACUGCUACUCUGCAAGCCACACACACUCCAGAGAGAGAUGGCUGCAGCCAAGACGGAGCUCCUUCCUGCUCUGCAGAUCUCAGACCACCUGAGCUUCCCUCACUCCCCCAUGGAUAACUACCCCAAGCUGGAGGAGAUGAUCAUGCUCAACUCUGCGGGGAUCCUGAACGCCUCCGCACCCGAGGGCACCGGCUUUGGCUCUGGGGAACCCAGCGAGCAGUACGACCACCUGACUGGAGAUACUCUUCCAGAAAUUGCCCUGAGCUGUGAGAAGACCCUGGCUGAGCAGGGCUAUGCCCCUCAGCGGCUGCCCCCCAUCUCCUACACGGGCCGCUUCACGCUCGAACCUGCCAACUGUAGCAACAGCCUGUGGGCGGAGCCUCUGUUCAGCCUGGUCAGCGGAUUGGUUGGUGUCAACCCACCCGCCACUUCCAUCACAUCUUCUUCAACCUCCCAAGUCGUUCCCUCCUCCUCAUCUGCUUCAACUUCAAGCUCGUCCUCCUCUUCCUCCUCCUCUUCUUCUACAUCGUCCUCAUCGAUAUCCAGCCCCAGCCUGAGCUGCUCGGUGCACCAGAGUGAGCCCAACCCCAUUUAUUCGGCCGCUCCAACCUACUCCAGCGCCAGCCCUGACAUCUUCCCUGAGCCUACUGCCAAUUUCCCAUCAGCAGUGGGUAGCAACCUGCCAUACCCGCCCCCAGCUUACCCCAGCAGCAAGGCAUGUGGUGCCAGUUUCCCUGUUCCCAUGAUCCCCGACUACCUGUUUUCCCAGCAGCAGAGCGAGAUCGGCCUGGCUCCGGCUGAGCAGAAGCCUUUCCAGACGCAGCAGCCUUCACUUACACCGCUCUCUACCAUCAAGGCCUUCGCCACACAGACGGGCUCACAGGAGCUGAAGAGUGUCUAUCCGGCACAGCUCAUUAAGCCCAGCCGUGUGCGCAAGUACCCAAACCGGCCAAGCAAGACACCACCACACGAGCGGCCCUAUGCCUGCCCUAUGGAGACGUGCGAGCGGCGCUUCUCUCGCUCCGAUGAGCUCACGCGACACAUCCGCAUUCACACGGGCCAGAAACCCUUCCAGUGCCGUAUCUGCAUGCGCAACUUCAGCCGCAGCGACCACCUCACCACUCACAUCCGCACACACACCGGUGAGAAGCCCUUUGCCUGUGACAUCUGCGGACGCAAGUUUGCCCGCAGCGAUGAGCGCAAGCGUCACACUAAGAUCCACCUGCGGCAGAAGGACAAGAAGGCUGACAAAGCCUCCUCAGUCUCCAGCACCAUACAGAACUCCAUCACCUCUGUCUCCAUUUCAGUCCCUUCACCUGUGUCAAGCUACCCAUCUCCUAUCGCCUCCUACCCCUCUCCAGUCUCAUCCUUCCCUUCUCCGGUAGCCUCCUGCUAUUCCUCUCCUGUGCAUACAUCCUACCCGUCUCCCUCCAUCGCCACCACUUACCCAUCUCCAUCCACCACCUUCCAGACCCCUGUGGCCACCUCCUUCCCCAACUCUGUGGCAAGCAACAUCUACAGCUCUCCAGUUACGACCCCGCUGACCGAUAUGCAGACAUCCCUUUCUCCACGGACAGGUGAAAUCUGCUGAGGCUGUCCUCCACCCUGUCCUUCUGGUCCUUCAUCACAUUCGCUCCCAUCUGAGAGGGUGAGAAGGUGUUAACAGACUUGUUAAUCUCUCAAUUUCUCCCUUUGCAAAAGCACUUUUCUUGCCACACUCUCCAUGACGUUGAGAUAAAUAUUCAAAUGGUCAAGGACUCAAAGACAUUUGAAAAGAAAAGGGACAUUUUUCUUUUAUUCUCUUGCCUCAAACGAGGCUUUCAAGACUUUUAAGGAUGACAAAGUAAAGCAACAGGCUUUGGCAAGUUUCUUGGUUUUCCUUUGAGUGUACAAACAUAAAUGAGGAAAAGGACCUUAUUGUUGUAAACUAAUGCCUGCAGGUUUCAAGCUCAAAUGUCAAAGGCAUUUACAGACAUUAAAUAAUAUACAUAAGCUACAGUAUAUGUAUAUUGUACACGUGCCAUGUUUGAGGUUUUUUUUUGUUUGGUUUGUUUUGUUUUUUUUUUGGUUUUUUUUACUUUUUAGUACCAUUGUUGUGAAAAUUGAUUUGAAUAUUUUCAUUGUAUUAUCCUAAAUUGAGCAGGGCCAUAUUUUAUACAUUCUGUAGUACGUAGUGAAAAUGCUGUGAUAAGUUUUUUGACUCUGUUUGGAUAAAGAGCACUUACGUAUUCUGACGCAUGUGUAAGAGUAAUGUUACUUUCUCUUGUUUUGUAAAUAUCAUCCGCUGGUACUAUUUCUCUCUCUCUCUCUCUCUCUCUCUCUCUCUCUCUGUUUCAAAUGUGACAUCAGAGGUCUGCUAAAUGGAGGGAAUUAUUACAGAGAAAAAAAGCAUCAAAUCUUCAAAAUUUUCGGUGCCUUUUGAGAAGCCUUGCAGAUAUUCUGACAGAUAUGCGCGAAUGGAUGCUUUGCAUCUGGCCUUAAGGUUUAAGGGAUUUUUAUUUUCUCCUUUUUUUUUCCUUUAUUCAGAAAGUCAUUUCAAGGAACGAAGGGAAACAAUAUGAGGGCACUGCUUCAUGUUUUUGGGAUGUAAGCAAAAAAGAAAUCUAUAUUUUUGUAACUGAAAUGUACAUAUCUACAGGAGUUGGAAUGCUGUAGUUACCUACUGAGUAGGCAUGGGAUUUUUUGUAUGUUAUUUACAUGCAGUCCAUUAUUUUGUUGUUAUUUUUAUUUUGUAUUUGUGUUUGUUUAGAAAAGUGACUGUUUAUGGCUUCUAAACACAUUGAAUGCGCUUAACUGCCAAUGGGAUAUUUGGUGUACAAGAUAUCCUUCCUAAACAGAUACAUGAAUAAAAUAUAAAUAUAUAUAUAUAUAGUAUGUAUAUAUAUAUAUAGAUAUAUAAAAUGAUCAA